CUGCCUGUAACCACCACUCCCGCCACCAGCAAUGAGGCUCCUUGCGCUUGCCCUCACAGCCACCAGCGCGGCACUGGCCGCCCACGGCGACUUCAACGUCUUCCAGCACAUUGGCGCCAGUGGGCAGUGGUUCCCCGGCGAGCAGACGACGGCCAUCUCGUCCGAGGUGCCCGUGGGAUGCAAAGUCGACCUGGCAGCCUUCUUCUCCCGCCAUGGCUCGCGGUACCCCGACCCAGGCGCCUACAAGGGCUGGGUCGAGUUUGCCCAAUACAUCCAAGCCGCCGCCGCCAACCUGACCUUCACCGACGAGAAGCUUGCGUUUCUCAAGACGUGGAAGCCUGUCCUGUCCAAGCCCGAGGCGCAGAUUGCCAAUCUGAGCCCCACGGGCUGGAAGGAGCUCCACGACAUGGGCAGUACCUGGCGCCUCCGCUACCCCGACCUGUACGAGUACAACACGCCCUUCACCAUGUGGGCCAACUACUACAAGUCCGGCCCCCGUGUACGAGACAGCGCGCGCCUCUUUGCCCAGGGCUUCGUGGGACCCAACGCCACAGACCUGACAACCAUCUAUGCCCUCAACGCCAGCGACCCGGCCAGUUGGGGCAAUUCUCUGGCGCCGAGCGACCUUUGCAAGGCCUACGACGAUGAAGAAGGCAGCCCCGUGAAGCUCAUCUGGGACUCGAUCUAUCUUCCACCCAUUGCUGCCAGGCUCAACGCCCACAUUCAAGGCGGGCUGAAUCUCACCAAUAGUCAAGUCGACCAGAUACCCUAUCUUUGCGGCUUUGAGUCCCAAAUUACCGGCCGCCGAAGUCCCUUUUGCGAUGUUUUCACCGACGAGGAGUUUCUGCAGUAUGAGUAUGCCCAAGACCUGCGCUAUUGGUACGGCAACGGCCUGGGCUCGGACAUUGAAAAAUACCUCAUGCUGCCUGUCGUAGACAUGACUGUGCAGCGCUUCAUUGACGGACCAGACGCGACAUACAAGACUGGCAACGCGACCUUCACUCCGCCCAAGAUCAUGGCCAACUUUGCCAAUGACGGCCAAAUCAAUCAGCUUGCCGCCAUGAUUGGUGUCUUUGACAGUCAGCGCCCAUUGCCUGGCAACAUAUCGCUGCCUGACCGCUUGUUUCGCUCCUCUCAAAUUGUCAAGAUGCGCGGAACAGUCGCCUUUGAGCGCUUGUCUUGCCCGGCGGCUGCGCACAAUAGCACCCUUACGUACAACUAUGCCCACAAUGACACCAACUCCGACGAUGCAUACAUGCGUAUUCGAAUCAACGACGUCGUCUACCCAGUUGUAGGAUGUACGGAUGGCCCUGGCUCUUCGUGCCCGUUGUCACAGUACCAGAAAAUCAUCCAGAGCAAGCGUGCUGAGGCUGGCGACUUUACCAAAAUCUGCAACAUGACUGAUCAAAGUCUUACUGCUCAACCAAAGGCGACGUUCUUCUUCGACAACACGCUACCGUGGCAGAUUAUUGUCAAGGCCUGA